AACCGUCGACUUCCCUGUCCCCGUGAGGCAGCAAAGCCGUUCGAGCUAGCUACCGCAAACACGCCAGGGCAUCGAUGUUUGUGUCCGUGCGGGUCAUCUUUUCCGCCUUUAGCUCUCCUGACCAUCCGUCGCGACGACCGCAUCUUCUUUCACAACUCAUGUCUCGUUUCUUCUUUGGUAGUCACACGCAAAUAUAAAACUGAAGUUGCUUUAGCGAAAGCACCGUUUCCCCCAUCCCUUCCUAUUAUUCUCAUUCUUUUAAGUAUUCUUCAUUGUCAAGCCGCCAAAGUGGAGAGUGCGAUUGCAGAAGGGGGUGCUUCUCGUUUCAGUGCUUCUUCGGGGGGAGGAGGUGGUAGGGGUGCACCUCAGCACCAUCCCAAGACUGUCGGCAACAGCGAGUUCCUGGGGAAAACCCCAGGGCAAAGCGUUCAGAAAUGGGUUCCUUCACGAAGCACUAGACGAGAUGUCAACUCCAGCAUCUCCGGUAACUCCAGCACCUCCAGCAACGAAAAAGAGCAACACGAUGAAAUCUUCAGGAAAGUGAGGGGCAUACUCAACAAACUCACGCCUGAGAAGUUUGACAAGCUAUGCCUUGAGCUCCUGAACGCGGGCGUAGAUUCAAAACUCGUCCUCAAAGGAAUCAUCUUGCUGAUUGUAGACAAAGCCCUAGAAGAGCCGAAGUAUAGCUCGCUCUAUGCUCAGCUAUGUCUGCGCUUGGCAGAGGACGCACCAAACUUUGAUGGCCCUUCAUCUGAGAUCCAAACAUCCCAAAAGCAGAGCACAACCUUCAGAAGACUGCUGAUUUCCAAGCUUCAAGAUGAAUUUGAAAACCGCACCAGAAAUGUUGAAAUCUAUGACAAACAUGAUAACCCUCUUACUUCUGAGGAGGAGGAGCAGCGUGCCAUUGCCAAGAUCAAGAUGCUUGGCAACAUUAAAUUCAUCGGGGAACUUGGCAAACUUGACCUCAUCCACGAAUCUAUCCUUCAUAAGUGCAUCAAAACACUUCUGGAAAAGAAGAAGAGAGUCCAGCUCAAGGAUAUGGGGGAAGAUCUGGAGUGCCUCUGUCAGAUAAUGAGAACAGUGGGGCCGAGACUCGACCAUGAGAAAGCUAAGUCUUUAAUGGAUCAGUACUUUGGCCGUAUGCGAUCCUUAAUGAACAACAAGGAGUUGCCCGCUAGGAUCCGCUUCCUGCUGCAAGAUACAGUGGAACUACGAGAUAACAACUGGGUCCCCCGCAAGGCUUUCAUCGACAACGGACCAAAGACGAUUCACCAGAUCCGUCAGGAGGCAGUGAAAGAUUUGGGUGUUUUCAUCCCAGCACCCAUGUCUCAGGGGAUGAGGAUGGACUUCUUCCUGGAAAGCCCCUUCAUGCCCAAUAGAAUGAAACUGGACAGGGAGACUCUUGGGGGAUUGGCGGACAUGUUUGGACAGAUGCCAGGCGGUGGGAUUGGAACUGGCCCGGGGGUUAUUCAGGAUAGGUACUCGCCCACGAUGGGGCGCCAUCGCACCAACCCGCUCUUCAACGGCCACAGUGGCCACAUCGCCACUCCACCACAGUCACAGUUCGACAUGGGGCCCAAGUCUUUUGUUAAGUCCAACCAGACCCACACCCACACCCACCAGUACAAUAAAGAAGACGGCACGGUUCAGAACCAGCAUUUCCUCAACCAGAACCAGAACCAAAUGGCCCAGCAGCAGGUCCAGUCCAAGGACCUGCCUCCGCGAUUCAGCAAGAAAGGCCAGCUCAAUGCAGACGAGGUAAUCAGCCUCAGGCCCGCUCAGUCAUUCCUCCUGAACAAGAACCAGGUACCCAAGCUCCAGCCUCAGAUCCCCAACAUGAUGCCUCCCAGCGCUCAGCCCCCGCGUACUCAGACCCCCCCUCUGGGACAGCCUCCACAGCUUGGCCUGAAGACCAACCCUCCACCCAUCCAAGAGAAACCGCAGAAGAUAAACAAGAAACCACCUCCUGCAAGGGAGGAACUGAUCAAGAUGACGGAGGCGAUCGUGACCGAGUACUUGAACAGCAAGAACCUGACCGAGGCUGUGGGCGGCGUGCGAGAGAUGAAGGCUCCCAAGCACUUUCUGCCGGAGAUGCUCAGCAAGAUCAUCGUGUGUUCCCUGGACCGUCCGGACGAGGACAAGGAGCAUGCCAGCACUCUGAUCCACACACUCCGCACCGAGGGCCUCAUCACCGGAGAGAGCUUCAUGCAGGCUUUCCUCAAUGUCCUGGACCAGUGCCCUAAGAUCGAGCUGGACGUGCCCCUAGUGAAGUCCUACCUGGCCCAGUUCGCGGCCCGGGCCAUCAUCGCGGAGCUGGUGAGCGUGGCGGAGCUUGCGCACCCCCUGGAGAACGGCACCCACUUCCCCCUCUUCCUGCUCUGCCUGCAACAGUCGGCCAAGCUGAGGGACCGGGAGUGGCUCACCGACCUCUUCCAGCUGAGCAAGGUCAACAUGCAGAAGAUGCUCCCAGAAAUUGACCAGAACAAGGACCGCAUGCUGGAGAUCCUGGAGGGGAAGGGCCUGAGCUUCCUGUUCCCGCUGCUGAAGCUGGAGAAAGAGCUGCUGAAGCAGAUCAAGGCAGACCCCUCUCCACAGUCCAUCUACAAGUGGAUUAAAGACAACAUCUCUCCCAAGCUUCACACUGAUAAAGGUUUUGUCAACAUCCUCAUGACCAGUUUCCUCCAAUACAUCUCCCAGGAUCUGUGCAUGGCGGAGUGCGAUGAGCAGCUAGCAGCCCCCUCCAAAGAGCAGCUGGAGCAGGAGAAGCAGCUGCUGCUGGCCUUCAAGCCCGUCAUGCAGAAAUUCCUGCACGACCACACCGAGCUGCAAGUCAGCGCCCUCUACGCCCUGCAGGUGCACUGCAAUGCCAGCGGCUUCCCCAAAGGCAUGCUGCUGCGCUACUAUGUCAACUUCUACGACAUGGAGAUCAUUGAAGAAGAAGCCUUCCUUGCAUGGAAAGAAGACAUUACCCAAGAAUUCCCUGGAAAAGGAAAGGCUUUAUUCCAGGUGAACCAGUGGCUCACGUGGCUGGAGACGGCGGAGGAGGAGGAGUCCGAGGACGAUGCCGAUUGAGAAACCGAGCGGAGGGGUCGUCAGAAGUAGAAGAUCGACCCCAUUACCUUAAUCGCCCCCCUCACCUUUCCUUCAUUAAACUCCACGCUUAAUUUAACCACUACCACGCAGCACUCGGCCGCUUCGCCUGGCAAAUGUAAAAAACCGAAAGCUUGUACCAGUAGGGGCCUCGCGCGUUCCCACCUGCACCGCGGCGACCGGAUGACACGCAUCAUUCGAUCUGUGUCCAGAUCAGCUUCGUAAAAAGUCUGCAGUGGCUCUGUCAUAUUUCUUUUUUUUUUUUUCUUUUUGCUCUGACUGUGUUAGGUUUGAAACAACUUUUUUUUUUGUUCACUGUAUUGCAUGUUUUUCAUUUCCACUCAUUUGUUUUCUGAUUUGAACCUUCCCCAGUAGGAAACCUCUUCAUUUAAAAAAGUUUAGGAUGCCUCCUUAAAUCAGUUGAACUUUUAGUGGUGAUCUUCACCAAUGUAAGGUUCAAGUAUAAGACGAGACAAAAGGUCUAGUCAGUGAUCUGCUUUGUGAUCUUGUGUCAGGGCCCUGCCUGGAUUCCUUUUCAUCACACUCACAUGCACGUGAUCUUUGAACACAGCAGAGGAUUUAGAUCACACACCUGAAAAUCCUCAGCGACAGGCAAGUGUGAGAGUGAAGCAUAAGAUGGCAAAACAUUUCACAAUGAAUUAAGAUGCAUGUUUAGUUGAUCAAAAACCUGUUUUCCACUUCUAAUUUUUUUUUUAUAAAUGUGCUCUUCAUAGUCACUGAUGAGCAUCUUCCUGUUUUUUUGUGAUCGCUUCUCCCUCUUUGUUGUCUUUUAUUACACAAACGGUUGCAAUACUUAUCCUCCAACUGUUACAAUAUUUAAAAAAAAAUGUUUCCAAUUGUAAACGUUUCCAAUUGCCUGUGUGUCUACCUCUUAGUUAGAUGGGCUUUUGUUUGUUCGUUCGUUGUUCCGGGAUAAUGAAAUUGACUGAAGAACCUAGACCAAGCAGAUGGUGCAGUGUUUGAUUUAGUCCUGGCCCUAAUUGCGCAAUAUAAUUUAUUGAGGCAAAUGUUUCCCCGUGAAGUGCCGCGCGGUUUACAAGUGUUAAUAUGAAAUAUUGGAAGAAAAAGGAUUGUUUCAUAUGAAUUGAACAGCUCUGCAUCACAAAUGUACCCGUUAAAAGGUAACGGUCUCGCCCAGAAAAUUUGGAGUCACCGUGAUUGUUUUGAAUGUUCAAUGUGGAAAAUUAAACGCAAAGUGAUUUUUUUUUUUUUUAUAUUUUCCUUGAAUUGGAACAGUAGAAACAAACUUUUUACACUUGCUGUAACUCUCCCAACGCCCCAAGAGCUAAAAAAGGAAAAAGAACCUCACCCAGCCAGGUUUAUGUGCAAGGCAAUGGAUUUGGAUCAUAUUUAUUGUGCACCUCUAUUGCUUUAAUGUCAAUAAAGUCCAGUUCAUGAGCA